GGCUCCUUCUUCCUCCGCAUGUGGCUGGCGGCAGUAGAGCGCUUGGGUUCCCGCACUGCUAGCCGUCCGCGUCUCCUCCGGGCUCUUCUGGCCUCCCCGGAGCCAUGUCGUUCUCCGAUCCCAACCCAGCGGCAUCUUCCCUGCCCAACGGUGACUGCGGCCGGGCCAGUGCGCGGCCCGGAGGGAACCGGGUCACGGUGGUGCUGGGCGCGCAGUGGGGCGACGAAGGCAAGGGGAAGGUGGUGGAUCUGCUGGCGCAGGACGCCGACAUCGUGUGCCGCUGCCAGGGAGGAAAUAAUGCUGGCCAUACAGUUGUUGUAGAUUCUGUGGAAUAUGAUUUUCACCUUUUACCCAGUGGAAUAAUUAAUCCAAAUGUUACCGCAUUCAUUGGAAAUGGAGUGGUAAUUCAUCUACCUGGAUUGUUUGAAGAAGCAGAGAAAAAUGUUCAAAAGGGAAAAGGUCUAGAAGGCUGGGAAAAAAGGCUUAUUAUAUCUGACAGAGCUCAUAUUGUAUUUGAUUUUCAUCAAGCAGCUGAUGGUAUCCAGGAGCAGCAGAGACAAGAACAAGCAGGGAAAAAUUUGGGUACCACAAAAAAAGGCAUUGGUCCGGUUUACUCCUCCAAAGCUGCUCGGAGUGGACUUCGCAUGUGUGAUCUUGUUUCUGACUUUGAUGGCUUCUCUGAGAGGUUCAAAGUUCUAGCUAACCAGUACAAAUCUAUAUACCCUACUUUGGAAAUAGACAUUGAAGGUGAAUUACAAAAACUCAAGGGUUAUAUGGAAAGGAUUAAACCAAUGGUGAGAGAUGGAGUUUAUUUCCUAUAUGAGGCCCUACAUGGACCACCAAAGAAAAUCUUGGUAGAAGGUGCAAAUGCAGCAUUAUUAGAUAUUGAUUUUGGGACUUACCCUUUUGUAACCUCUUCAAACUGUACUGUUGGAGGUGUUUGUACGGGUUUGGGUAUGCCCCCUCAAAAUGUUGGAGAAGUGUAUGGAGUUGUGAAAGCAUAUACCACUAGAGUUGGUAUUGGUGCCUUUCCUACAGAGCAAGACAAUGAAAUUGGAGAAUUAUUACAGACAAGGGGUAGCGAAUUUGGUGUAACUACUGGAAGAAAAAGAAGGUGUGGUUGGUUGGACCUUGUUUUACUCAAAUAUGCUCACAUGAUCAAUGGAUUUACUGCAUUGGCCCUUACCAAGCUGGACAUUUUGGACAUGUUUACAGAAAUCAAAGUUGGAGUUGCUUACAAAUUAGAUGGUGAAAUCAUACCUCAUUUCCCAGCAAACCAAGAAGUCUUAAAUAAAGUGGAAGUUCAGUACAAGACUCUCCCAGGAUGGAACACAGACAUAUCAAACGCAAGGACAUUUAAAGAACUGCCUGUAAAUGCACAGAAUUAUGUUCGCUUUAUUGAAGAUGAACUUCAGAUUCCAGUUAAGUGGAUUGGUGUGGGAAAAUCCAGAGAAUCCAUGAUCCAGCUCUUCUGAGGACUGACAGAGGCACAUGAAACACUCCUUGAGAGGGAAGAAGAGACUUCCUUAAAUGUUUUUGUAUGACCUGCAAAUUCCAUGAAUAAAGACAUUGAAAUGAAUUUCCGGCCGGCAGUUGCCCCAUUCUCUGGUGGAUGGCUACCGUGGAGGUGGACUUGCAUAUUCCCGCCCUGGCAUUCCUCAGCUGGCAAACCGCCGGGUCAUUUGUUGCUCCUGCUGCUCCUGGUGCCACGUUUCCUUUCCGUGUUUAGUCGUAGUCUGAUCCCUGUUGUUUGAAAUCUAAUGUAGUUACCUUCAGUGUAGAUUUUCUUCAUUUCUUGUCCCUGUGUGUUUCUUAGUUUUUACCCCUAUUAGACGGUAAGAACAACUAAUGCAGUUUUGCACAAAUAUUUUUACAUUCUGAUCAUUCGAGUCUGUUGUGACCAUCUUUGCUGUUAGAAAUGAUGAAAUGAUAGGGGUUCUGUAAACUUUUUGUAAUGCUAUGAAUUCUGUUUAAAUUGUGAACUUAUUUUCUGCUGAGACCAUUGCAAAAUUGAGCUUUGGCUGGGGGGAGGGGAGUAUAAUUUCUGGGUCUUUUAAUAUGUACAGAACACAGAACUUAGUUCUCUACAAAUUAUUUAAUACAAUGAACAUUCAAUUAAAUGUUCAAAGCAAAAAUUUCCCUAAAACAGCGAUCUUAAUGUUCAAAAAAAUCAGUCAUUAAAAGAUCUGUUGUGAGAUUGAGAUUUUGGUGGAUAUUUUUCUUUCUAAGUCUGGUGGAUCAAUUUUCAACAUUGUGCCUGCCAGUAUACCUACAAAAUCAUCUGUAAGUGUCCCAAGGAAUCCACAUUGUUAACCAUGAUUUUAAUCAUGCCUUCAUUUAUCCUUCCUUAAAACAAAGGUGUUAUUUUGACAGUUAGGCUUAACGUGUUGUAGAUAUCCUUCCAUGACGUAUGAAAUGUUUAAAUUAGGUGCCACUUAAAUUUAUUUUAUUAUACCAUCAAUAGCUAAUUAAAGAGAACCAACUAUUUCCAGUA